ACAGUCUGGUUGGCAAUUAGUUUUUAAAGCAAAAUACAAGAUAGUUUAAUGUACAACGUAGCGGUAAAUGUUCUAAGGUCGAAUGAAAAAAUGAUGCCAUUCAUGGGCUGAAAAUUGUCCUCACAAGCAGGAAAUCGAACAGAAAAAUGGUUAAACCUACACCGAUGGAAGAAAAGCUGAAAUAUUCGCUGAAAUAUUCGCUGCUGCGCGAUUUAAAUGACAGCCAGAGUAUAUGGACCAGAGGUGAGAAACGAACAUGGUUCCUAACGUUGCUGGCUGGAACAUGCAUGCUUUACUCGACACGAACAACAAUGCCUCUCCUAGUUCCUGCGGUUGCUUCGGAGCGCAAAUGGAGCAAAACUGACUCAGGAACUGUGUUGAGCUCAUUCUUCUGGGGUUACACUUUGACGCAAGUACUCGGUGGUUACCUCAGCGAUAAAUUCGGUGGACAGCGAGUGAUUUUACUAGCCGCUAUUGGGUGGUCUCUCAUCACUUUCUGGAUGCCAAACAUCAUUACGUCGGCAUCAUACCUGUCAAGCUACUCUAUACCGUUUAUUGUAACAGUUCGGAUUAUUAAUGGGGCCUGCCAGGGAGUUCAUUUCCCUAGUAUGAUAAGCAUCACUAGUCAGAACCUGUGUGCGAACGAACGCACCAGCUUCUUCAGUAUUCUUACAUCCGGAUCCGCGUUGGGUACACUACUUACAGGUAUCCUAGGAUCAUUUAUUUUGGACUACUUUGGAUGGCCGACGGUGUUCAGGGUCAUUGGUUCUCUAGGAUUAUCGUGGACCCUUCUGCUGCGCUAUUACACGAUGUCUUCCGAUCGCAAUCGGAUUAUUAACAUUUCGCAACCGAGCCGGAUUUGCUCGAAGCUAGGUUCUACCGAAGCCGUUCCUUGGCUACGGUUGUUUGGAAGACUUUCUUUCUGGGCCUGUGUGCUGGCACAUGCCUGUGAAAUGAAUUGCUUCUUUGUGCUACUGUCCUGGUUGCCAACAUAUUUCCAUGAGAAUUUCCCCCAGGCUAAGGGUUGGGUGGUAAAUAUGAUACCGUGGCUGGCACUGCCACCAGUAACUUUUUUCGGUAAAAUUUUAACCGAGAAACUGACGGCGAGACAAUGGUCUUUGACACGAACUAGAAAGCUGGUGCAAAGCAUCUGCUUUAUAGGUCAAAAUAUUGCUCUAUUCAUAAUGUGUCACACACAGGAGUUCAACACGGCUCUGACUUGUAUGUCAAUUAUUAUCGGUCUAUCGGGUUUGCACAAUAAUGCUGUGACAGUGAAUCCACAGGAUCUAGCCCCUAGCCAUUCGGGCAGCGUGUUUGGUUUAAUGAACACGGUAGGAGCUAUACCAGGGUUUCUAGGCGUAUAUCUGGCUGGUCACAUCUUAGAACUUACCCAAAGCUGGUCUGCGGUGUUCAGCACUGCCGCGGCAAUCAACACUGUCGGGUGGUUUGUAUUCACACUCUUUGGUGCGACAGAAGCGAUCAUUUAAAAACUAAAAUCAUGAAUGAAUCGUUCGCAUUUUGAAUAUGCUAAAGUAAUACGAAACACAUAGUGAAUUUUUCGAUAUUGUACAAGUUAGUUAAAAAAUACGACUAAUAUUUGUAACCUCAUUUCUAGCCCAAAAUGAACAAAAAUACUGCUGACAUAGUGACUGGAAAUUGAUCUUUUUUUAAUUCAACUGAGGAAAAAAAGCUUGUGCUAUUCUGGGAAAAAUAAAUUUCAUCAUACAACAUACGAACAACCGUUUUUGUCAUCUCCUGGAAAACUGGACAGAAAAUUUCUCUCAAAGGAAGAAAAAGUUAAUGCAAACUAUAAUUUA